AAAUUAAGAUGAAGUUGCACCACAACCUCAACCACCAUUUCUAGACACAUUACCCUCACAAAGUAAGCAAUGGCAUACCAAAACUACAACAACUAUGGGUGGCGAUGCCCCUCUGACGAGUACCAAGUGUACGACCCCCCAGUAGAGGCAACAUAUCCUAGGCAAAAUCAUCACAAGAAGGGUCAUGUGGCAUUCAGAACCAACUAUGAGGAUUCUAUAGCUGAAGUAGAAUCCAACGUUGAGGCUCGAGAACAUAACAGCAGGUUAUGGAAUCACAGUGCUUACAAAAGCGUGGACCAAGAGGCUGAGGCGUUUAUUCAGUAUGAGCAUAAGAGGAUGGAAUUAGCCAGGCUUAUGUCAACAAGGGCUGUCUGAGCCUCUCUUGAAAUAUAUAUAUAUAUAUUAUCAUAGGGGCUUCAUGUGCAUUGUUACAUAUUAUUGUGUAUGGUUAAUUUGUUGUAUCCUUAAAUGGUUAAAAGAUUUUGGGGUGAGACUUUUAUGAUAAAGUUUUACGAAUAAUUCAUCCCUCAAUUUUUUUAGCUCUCCUUUUAAGUUGGUAUCAAAUUGACUCGUAGCACUAUUACGCCCACAUCUCAUAUCAUAAUUAAAUAGUCUACAACUGAAGUACUACUAGGGACUUUCCUUUUUUCUUCUUCCCUUUCCUCUAUCUUUAUUUCACCUAAAUAAAUGCACCAAGGCCUCACACUCAUAUGGCGUGUUGUAAUUGUUUCAGUCCUCUCCUUUCAAUUUUCUUAGAGUUA